UAUUGUUGAGGGUGUGUUUGCGUUGCGCAUGCGCUGGGCGCAGCUAGUGUAGUCGUCUAUACGCAUGCGCGCUGUGUAGGAGACGGACAACCGAGUGACAGAGACAAACCGAGGAAGCAGCGGCGAGAACGUCCCACGUAGAUUCGUUGAACCAUUUAGGCCCUGAGAGUAAGGUGCAAGCUUGUUGGAGACAUUGGCACGACGCCGAAAGAGCAAGGGAUACUGGACGUGUGUAAAGACUGACAGGCCACACACGAAACUGUUUCCUCACCCUCAGCUCUCACUGAGGCACUGCCUGUCUUCUCUAACCCCAUUAUACAUACUUUCCUUCUUGUUUGCCGGCUCUGUUAUCUGUGACGGGCUUUCUCCUUCCCCUCCCCCAACACUCUCACCUCUUAAAGUGUCACCCUCCCCCACCAAGUCACUGCGGACCUUCUGUCUCCAAGUACCAUACUUUCUCUUUUUGGCACUGACUCUCCAUCUUUCAGGCUAAUUAGUCUGGUAGCAUCACGGUUCUCUCCAUGGCCUCUUUUGUAUGACAGAUUUUGGGGCUAAGCCCCUCCCCACAUCUGUGCAUUGUCCCUCCCUCUCAAAAUACCCCAUUUUCAGCUGGAUAAUUAUGGGGGAGACCAAGGUCAUCUACCACCUGGAUGAACAGGAGACCCCAUAUUUAGUCAAGUUGCCGGUCCCUGCAGAGAAAGUGACACUUGGUGAUUUUAAGAAUAUCCUCAACAAACCCAACUACAAGUUCUUCUUCAAGUCUAUGGAUGAUGACUUUGGGGUAGUUAAAGAAGAAAUUUCAGAUGACAAUGCUAAGCUGCCAUGCUUCAAUGGAAGAGUUGUGUGUUGGCUUGUAUCUGCAGAUGGUUCACAGUCUGAUGCCGGCUCUGUGUGUGCUGAUAUCCAGUCAGAUUUACCUCCACCAAUAGAGCGGACUGGUGGAAUUGGGGAUUCUCGACCCCCUUCCUUUCAUCCAAACACCCGAGGCAGCCAGGAGAACUUGGACAAUGAAACAGAGACGGAUUCUGUGGUAUCAGCACGUCGAGAGAGACCGGGAAGAAAGGAGACAUCUGAACAUGCUACCAGGAUAAAUGGCACAUCAAAGAUGGAGAGGCGAAGAGAUACAGGAGGAUAUGAGAGCUCUUCUACCCUCAUGAGUAGUGAAUUGGACUCUACUAGCUUCUUUGACUCUGAUGAAGAUGAUUCCACAAGCAGGUUCAGUAACUCAACAGAGCAGAGCAGUGCGUCACGACUGAUGAGAAGACAUAAGAGACGCAGGAGGAAACCAAAAGCUCCUCAAAUUGAGAGGUCUUCUUCGUUCAGCAGUAUCACGGACUCUACCAUGUCUUUGAAUAUUAUCACUGUCACUCUGAAUAUGGAGAAAUACAAUUUCCUUGGUAUCAGCAUUGUAGGACAAAGCAAUGAACGUGGGGAUGGAGGUAUCUACAUUGGUUCAAUAAUGAAAGGUGGAGCUGUGGCUGCAGAUGGGAGGAUUGAACCAGGCGAUAUGUUACUCCAGGUAAAUGAUACCAAUUUUGAGAACAUGAGCAAUGAUGAUGCAGUGCGGGUGCUGAGAGAUAUUGUACACAAACCAGGACCAAUUACUCUUACUGUUGCCAAGUGCUGGGAUCCCUCCCCUCGCAACUGCUUCACUCUACCUAGAAGUGAACCAAUAAGACCGAUUGAUCCAGCAGCCUGGGUUUCACAUACAGCUGCAAUGACUGGUACUUAUCCGGCUUAUGGUAUGAGUCCAUCAAUGAGCACAAUUACAUCGACAAGUUCCUCCAUUACCAGCUCCAUUCCAGAGACAGAACGUUUUGAUGACUUUCAGUUGUCCAUACACAGUGACAUGGUUACCAUUGUAAAAGCUAUGAGUUCCUCGGAAUCUGGCCUGGAAGUGAGGGACAGAAUGUGGUUGAAGAUAACCAUUCCCAAUGCUUUUAUUGGUUCUGAUGUUGUGGACUGGUUGUAUCAUCAUGUUGAAGGAUUCACAGAUCGAAGAGAAGCCAGGAAAUAUGCCAGCAACCUCCUUAAAGCUGGAUACAUUCGGCACACUGUCAAUAAAAUCACUUUUUCUGAACAAUGUUACUACAUCUUUGGAGACUUGUGCGGCAACAUGGCGAACCUCUCCCUGAAUGACCAUGAUGGUUCCAGUGGAACGUCUGACCAGGACACUUUGGCACCCCUGCCACAUCCUGGAGCUGCUCCUUGGCCAAUAGCAUUUCAGUAUCAAUAUCCACUGCCUCACCCAUAUAGCCCUCAUCCUGGAUUUCCCGACCCCGCAUACAUAUAUGGAGGUGGCAGUGCCGGAAGUCAACACAGUGAAGGUAGUAGGAGUAGUGGCUCCAACCGGAGCAGCACAGAGAAACGGAAAGAUCGAGAGACCAAAGGUGGGGAUUCCAAGUCUGGAGGAAGUGGAAGUGAGUCCGAUCAUACCACGCGUAGCAGUCUGCGUAGAGAUCGAGCUGCCAGUGAGCGUUCAGUUCCAGCAAGUGAACACAGCCAUCGAAGUCACCAUUCCAUCGCACACAGUAUCAGAAGUCAUCACACACACCAGUCCUUCGGUCCACCAGGAAUCCCACCUCUUUAUGGUGCCCCAAUGAUGAUGAUGCCAGCACCUGUGUCAGUUAUGGGGCCACCAGGAGCCCCACCCAGCCGUGACCUUGCCUCAGUACCACCUGAACUCACCGCUAGUAGACAAUCCUUCCGCAUGGCAAUGGGGAACCCCAGUGAGUUCUUUGUGGAUGUUAUGUGAGCAAACAUUACAACAUUUGGCCUGUUUUUAGCAGUUUAUCUGAGAAUUUUAUUUUCAACUUGAUACUAAGAAAAAAAUGGGAAGGCCAUUAUGAUCCAGCUGUGUGUGUGAUGUCCGCACGGAUUUACUUGCCACUAAUCCACGCGCCUAAUCUAUCAGACCCCCGCUCCAGACUGUGUGUUUGUGCAGGGGGAAGAGGUUGGCCGUAUUCCUGCCUGGCUGCUUGGCUUCUGUAACAAACUUAUUUUAACAAAUUAAUAAUGCAUCCAUUUAAAAAAAACAGAGGCACCAAUUUGUUGAUUCUUUUGUUUUUAUAAAAAUAUAUAUAUAUUUUUCUUUUUUACAUUUUGUGUUUUUCUCAUUAAGCAGCAAAGAAUUCUGGGGUGUUUGACUUUCUCUGAUCCUAGAGUCAGAGAAAGUGCAUGAUCCCCAGCUGGAGUGGGUCACUUCCUGUGAACUUAUCAUGACAGCACACUGUAGAGAGGAGGAGAAUCCAGAACCACAGGAAGAUAUUGUUUUUAGCAGAAGACUUCGGAAAGGGAAUACCGCAAGCCUUACAUAUUCAUGAAUCAAGAAGGAACUUUAUAUAGCCUUGGAGUGCCAUGAAGCUUUGCAUACUCUAGUUCUAAAAUGAAAAAAAAAAAAAGACUAUUCUUAUAACAUGUUCUGUAUUUGCAGCUCCCCUCCUUUUAGAAAAGGUACAUAUUUUGAAACUAUUGGAUUUGAACUCAAGCUCCUUUUUCUUGCUAUGGGGCAUGCAUACUUUUGCUUUGCCUGUUUUUCAAGUUGUUAGCAAUAUUUUGCACAUGUUGGCAGUGGAGGGGUUAAAUCCUUUCUCCUGGAGCUUGUUACUGUUAGACGUUUUUGUUGCAAAGUAUGGGUGGAAGGAAUUUUCUCUUGUACCUGCAGAAGGUGUCGGGAGCGGUGCUAACAAAUCUAUUUUUUAUCAAAACACACAUUGUGAGCAUCUCUGCUAGCUAACUUAAACACUAGUGAAAUAAAGGCACAAUGGUUGUGUGCGUUGGGGGUGCAGCAAAGACAACCGAUUGUAUUGACUGUGACCUUUACCAUGUCACACACACUAUGCAUAAAACGGGCACACCGACUGACUAGUAAAUAAAUGUGAGUGAGGCUAAAAGAAUGGCAGGGGGCUUAAAUGUAAAAACAUAACUAUUGUCUGCCUCAUUUGAUAACUCAACCGGUGCUCACUCUAUUUCCAGUUCCCCAAGCUAGCCUGCUGUGCAGUGAAGCAUUGUGAUUUUUGUAGACGUGUGGCCGCUGCCUAAGGCCUAGCACAAGUAAGCAGUGAAUGACUGCCUAUUUUUCUGUACCGCCCCCCCUUGUCACUUUGUUGCACUGACAUGUUUCUGUUGCAAUAAAUCUCCAUGUUUUAUUUA